GAUUUUUAUCCUUUUCGAAUAAUUACAGUAACUUUUAUACGUGCUUUUUUCAUAGAAUUUUUCUCAAGCUGGUGUGGUGCUUGUGUUAGUUAUGCUCCAACGUACAAGAAACUUGCAAAUGAGCUGAAGUCAUGGAGUUCGAUUGUGCAAAUUGCUGCCGUGGAUUGCGCGGACGAAAAAAAUUUAAAUUUAUGUCGUGAGCACCAAGUUGAUUCUUUCCCUUCUCUCAGAUAUUUUAAAUAUUCAUCGAAAAAUGCCAAAGACGCUGUUCUAUUCGUUGGCGACAAGUAUGAUUUAAACAAAUUACCACUAGAAAUUGCGGAAUUUGUAAAGAAUGACUGGAGCAAUCAGAGGCCAGAGAAUUGGCCAACUUUCGACCCUGUUAACCACAAUAUACAAUUUGAAGAAAUUUGGCUGUCGUUGCCGAUUUCAGUCACGCACUUAUUAUUAGCUGUUGAAAAUGAACCUGCUAGAACAUCUUGGGCAGUACAAUUAAUGGAUAUAAUGACUGCGCUUCGACAUAUGCUAAUGAUUGAAAUCCCGAGAAAGGCUAUAAUUGACAAUGAAAAUCUUGUGGCUUUGAAAAGUUGGAUUUAUACGAUGAAAAAAUAUUUGCCAGGAACAAUUGGGAUGCGCAGACUAUUGUUUCGGUUGAACAGCUGGAUUAACAAAAUAUCAAAUGAAGUUACUGCUGAGCAAUGGCUGCAGAAAAUAAACGAUCUUCAGGGCCAGCUUGGUCAACCUUUACCAAGUAAUACAAGUUAUUUGGCUUGUCGAGGAUCAGCCAAGCAUUUUCGAGGAUUUUCAUGUGGAAUAUGGACUAUAAUACAUGCAAUGAGUGUUCAAGCUUAUGCAAUUGAGAAAGAUAAUGCACUGUUUAAUGCCAACACAGAUCUUAUCGAGCCAUUUCAUCAAUUCAUAUGGCGUUUCUUCAGUUGCGCGGAAUGUGCCAGACAUUUUCAUGAAGGGGUUUUGAAGAGGAAUAUGUCAUAUGUCUUUUCAGAAGAUGGUGUAAUGUGGUUCUGGAUGACACAUAAUAUUGUAAACAAGUUUAUUGCUAAGACAGGAACUGAAGAUCCACUUUUUCCGAAGCAGCAGUUUCCCCCAAAGAUUAUCUGUAUGGAAUGCCAAAAUCCUGCUGGAUUCUUUGAUGAACUAGCUGUAUUUCAUUUUAUGUUAAGAUAUUAUAGCAGUGUGAAAACCGAUAGUCUUAGAUUGGUUGUGAACUACAAAGUAAAUGACUUUGAAAAUGGAAAAUUGGCAAAUAUGGAGGUCAAACAUUUAAGCCCAGAUAUUCCAGUUGGUGCAUUUAAUGUCGAUGCUGCAGAAGUGGCUGCUGAAAUACAUGAAAUGAACCAAAAACAUAAAUGGAAUCAAGUUGGAAGCGGUAAUUAUGGUGGAUCAUCAAUGAAGCAGUCAUUUUCCGUAUUAUGGCUCUCGAUGAUUGCUGUGGUGGUUCUUUUCGUCUAUAUGAAAUAUCGACAAAAUCGUUCGAAAAUCUGGAAGACUUUUUAUUAUAAUGAUUACAAGCUAUGA